AUGACCCUCCUGGUGCUGGAUCUGCGUCGCCUCCGGAAGACCGCCCCCGGGUUUCACCUGACGCUCCACUCUCUGGGGCGUCAGGCAGUCGACUCCCUUUGGAAAGCUCCACUGUGGAACGACUGCCGAUGUCUAGCCAAGACCUCACUCAGCCGGGUGCCCCUCGAGACGGUGGUCGUGUGCAAACGUCCCCCGUGCGACGUGACGCGGUAG